AAAAAAACCUGUUGAGAACUCAAUCUUAGCAGCUGGGCGCUGCAGGAACUGGGGCACACUGACUUGUGUAGGAGGAUGCCCUGCGAGUGUCCAUAAGUGAGUGUGUGGGAUAAGAAAGGGUAGGAGGGCACCAGCCCACCCUGGGACUCAGUUUCUCUAUUCGGAAAAAAAAAAAAUGCGUUGCACUUAUCAACCCCUUUCCGCUGUCGUAUUCUUUGGGACUGGAAUUAUAUUCUCCCAACUAUCGAGCAGUACCGGAGGAAGAACAUUCCUAUAUCAUCUCAUUUAAUCCUCAAGAUCUCUCUACCUAGUGAAGUUGUGAUCUACCUGAAGAUCCUGCAGAGCUUUGAGUCAGGCAUCUGACUCCAGACUUGUCUCUAAUCUUUCUAUAUACUUUCUCCUCAUCGCUGAGGCUAGUGUGGUUUUCGUUUGCUGGACCAUUAAGGUCGUGAUGUCUCGGGAGACGGAUGUGGAGUGUCAGCAGUCCCAUGGCAGUGGUGCUUGUUCGCAGUCCCAAGGCACUUUCUCACAGUCUCAAGGCAUCUCCUCGCAGACACACGGCUCCUCCUCACACUCUCAGGGCACAUCCAGCUCCACCAGCACAGCACCCACAUCUAGCCAGUCGUCUCACUCCAGCUCAGGGACCCUGAGCUCCUUAGACACAGUGUCCACCCAGGAACUCUGUUCUAUUCCUGAGGACCAGGAACCUGAAGAGCCUGUCCCUGCCCCUUGGGCUCGAUUAUGGGCCCUUCAGGAUGGAUUCCCCAAUCUUGAGUGUGUUAAUGACAACUACUGGUUUGGGAGAGAUAGAAGCUGUGAAUACUGCUUUGAUGAGCCAUUGCUGAAAAGAACAGAUAAAUACCGGACUUACAGCAAGAAGCACUUUCGGAUUUUCAGAGAAAUGGGUCCUAAAAACUCUUACAUCGCAUACAUAGAAGAUCACAGUGGGAAUGGAACCUUUGUAAAUAGAGAGCUGGUAGGGAAAGGAAGACGCCUUCCUUUGAAUAACAAUUCUGAAAUUGCACUUUCAGUAUGGAGUAAUAAAGUUUUUGUAUUUUUUGAUCUGACUGUAGAUGAUCAGUCAGUUUAUCCUAAGGAAUUAAGAGACGAAUACAUCAUGUCAAAAACUCUCGGAAGUGGUGCCUGUGGUGAGGUGAAGCUAGCUUUUGAGAGGAAAACAUGUAAGAAAGUAGCCAUAAAAAUCAUCAGCAAGAGGAAGUUCGCUAUUGGCUCUGAGAGAGAGGCAGAUCCAGCUCUCGAUGUUGAAACAGAAAUAGAAAUUUUGAAAAAGCUAAAUCAUCCUUGUAUCAUCAAGAUCAAAGACUUUUUUGAUGCCGAAGAUUAUUAUAUUGUUUUGGAAUUGAUGGAAGGAGGAGAGCUGUUUGACAGGGUGGUGGGGAAUAAGAGGCUGAAAGAAGCUACGUGCAAACUCUAUUUUUACCAGAUGCUCCUGGCUGUACAGUACCUUCAUGAAAAUGGCAUUAUACAUCGGGACUUAAAGCCAGAGAAUGUUCUACUCUCAUCUCAAAAAGAGGACUGUCUUAUAAAGAUUACUGAUUUUGGGCAGUCUAAGAUUUUGGGGGAGACCUCUCUCAUGAGAACCUUAUGUGGUACUCCCACCUACCUGGCUCCUGAGGUUCUUAAUUCCUUUGGGACUGCUGGAUAUAACCGAGCGGUGGAUUGCUGGAGUUUAGGAGUUAUUCUUUUUAUUUGCCUUAGUGGGUACCCACCUUUCUCUGAGCAUAAGACUCAAGUGCCCUUGAAGGAUCAGAUCACCAGUGGAAAAUUCAACUUCAUUCCUGAAGUCUGGGCAGAGGUCUCAGAAAAGGCCCUGGAUCUUGUCAAGAAGUUGUUGAUGGUGGAUCCAAAGGUGCGUUUUACGACGGAAGAAGCUUUAAGACACCCGUGGCUUCAGGAUGAGGACAUGAAGAGAAAAUUUCAGAAUUUACUUUCUGAAGAAAAGAAGUCGACAGCUCUACUCCAGGUUCCAGCCCAGCCUUCCACAAGUCGAAAGCGGCUUCUUGAAGGGGAAGCAGAGGAUGCUGACACCACAAAGCGUCUGGCUAUGUGUGCUGCUGUGUCGUGAACACUGUUUGAACAUGAAAGACCCCAACCUUCUUGAAUCCUGCUGCCAUUUUCUUUAAAUCUGUUUUUUGUAGUUUUAAUUUUAAUUAUGCAAACAGUGGUUUUUUCCCAAUCAUCAAUACAUAAUUCCAAACCUAGUGGAACCUGAACCUGUGCUUCUGCUUGAUAAGGAGAUCCUUACUUGCAUGGCUUUUUUGUGUAUUUGCAGUUUUGUGCUUUCUGUCUGGUGCUUUACGUUGGCUGGAACCUGGUGGGUAUCCCUGGUCUCAGCCUGGGCAAGCUGCAUACAAAUUUGAAAGGUCCUUUAGCAAGUUGCUGGGAAAGGUGCACAGCAAGGUUGGGGUGGAUUCUGUAGAGCCUGACUGAUUGCCAAAGUCCUCAUGAGAUAGGAGGUACUUUGGUACCGUAUCCCAGGAACCAGUUUUAAAUUCUCAUUCUCACCUACAUAAAGAUACAGGUCCAUCAUCACUGGAACUAUGGGACCAGAAAAGUUGUAAAAUUAGAAUAUUUCCUGAUUUUAGGAAGGAUAUGUGGCACAUUGACUUUAUUUUGUAACACCCAGCAGAGUCCUAUAACCAAACACUUAAAUAUGUUUGCAGCAAAUAUUCACAAUAAAACAGUUAGAAAAGACUAUUAGUGCCGCAUAUCAAUUCAGGUCAGUUUUUUUCUGUCAAAGGAGUUAGGGGAUGACUCUCAGAUUUCAAAGCUGUUUGGAUUUUAGAAAUAUAGAUAAGGCAUGUGGGCAUUUCAUGUUGAGCCAACAAUGACCAAGAAGGCCUUGUAUAAAGUCCUUCCCUUGGCUGGUCUUGUCCAGUCCUCACAGUGAUGUUAUGGUAUAAGUCCUCUGACUGCCCAAAUGUCGUAGGUGAGAAACCCAGGAUGAAAGAGCAAGGUGACUUGUCCAGUGUCACAGAGCAAAUGUCAGAGGUGGGACCCAACCCAGGUCUUUCUCACUCUAAUAUUCCUCAUCUUCUUGGACUCAAAUACAGUCAGACUCAGGAAUGUUGAAAUGGGCUCAACAUGAAAUGCCCACAUGCCUUAUCUGCAUUUCUAAAAUCCAAACAGCUUUGAAAUCUGAGAGUCAUCCCAUAACUCCUUUGACAAAAAACAACUGACCUGAAUUGACUCACACUGACAAAACUCACAAGAGACUGAUAUCUAAAUCCCAAAUGCCAGUGUGUUCAAUUACUACAAGAGGGUACAGCUCCAUGAUCUGUGGAAGUUGGGAUAACGUGGUGGCAAGGAACAAAAGCUCAUUCAUUCAUGAUAAAGGGGAUUUGUUUCAAGGUUAUAGAUGUCUGGACCUGGAAUCCAUGAGGAGCCCAUGCAUUUGUAAUGCUUGGCUCCUCUUGUCUCUUUGACGCACUGAUUUUGCUUCCCAUGUAUCUUUGACUUGUUGAUAGUAGGCCACAUUAUAGCUCACUGGUCAUAUCAUGAGUUGAAUGCCAAUGCCUUGGUUCUGAUGCCACUGAUGAGCCAACCAGGGCAUGGGGCACACAGCUGUUGCUGUGGGCAGUUAGUGGUGGUUGACAAUUUCCAUUAGAAGGGUGAGCAAGCAUUCUGAGGCUUGGCUGGCCUGGUGUUUGUGUGUGUGUAUGGGUGGGGGGUUGGGGGGUAGAUGGGGAUUUAAGUGGUUUGCAUAUUUAAAAGAAGGAGACUGAGAUUGCCAAGUUAGAUGGGUUUUUAGCUCAUUUGAAUAUGUACUGUGAAGGCUGUGGUUUCUUAGGGCAUUUUUCCCCUCUUGGGGCAGAGUCAGCCAGCCCUUCUCUGUUUCCAGAGCACUUUUCAUUUGCUCCCUCUGAUUAUACCAACCAUAGUAGAUAGAAUAAUGGCUCCCAAAGAUGAUCUCAUCCCAAUCCCCAUCAUGUAUGAAUAUGUUCCUUUACGUGGCAAAGGAGAUUUUGCAGAUGUGAUUGAGUUAAGGAUCCUGAGAUGGGAAGACUAUCCUUCUUUUCUGGGUGGGUCCAACAUCAUCACAAUGUUUCUUUUGAGAGGGACACCAAAGGAGUCAGAAGAGAAUGGAGUGAGCUGCUUUGAAGAGGGAGGAAGGGGCCAUAAGCCAAGGGAUACAGGUGGCCACUAGAAGCUGAAAAAAAGGCAAGGACAUGCAUUCUCCCCUCAGAGCCUCUCCUGGAGGGACCAGUCCUUUACAUCUUGACUUUCACUAGUGGAAAUGAUUUCAGGCUUUUGAACUACAAAACAAUAAGAAAAUAAAUUUGUGUUGUUUUAAACCA